GGCUGGGUGGCGUGGCUGCCAGUCCUGGUGCUCUGAGUGGCAUGCUUUGAGAUCCAUGCUCAGAAAUCAACCAUCCAGACAUCUGCUGAGCGCCCGAGACGGGACAAUGGAGGCUGCUAGCCUGCCAAAUGAAGGCCGGUUUGCCCCAGGCUCCUUCCUGGAGAAGCUGAACUCCCUGGUGAAAGGAAUCGGCUGCCCCAGUCCCGAUGUGGGGAGGGCCCCGCGCAAAGCCUUUGACAAGAGAUGGGCGAGUCUACCACAUCCAGCCCCUCCCCCUGCCAAGGUGCCGGUGACCAGAUCCCCUCCAUCAUCUUGCUCCAACGGACUCCCUGCUGUUGUACCGCUGCCUGUGAGCGCUCGGCGAGAGUCUGUCACCAAACCGGUCGCUGAGGCUAGCGUCUCGUCCGCGCGGGGAAGCAGGACAGCCGCCUGCCCCCCACUUGCUCCUGCAGCUCCGCGCCAGGCCUCCAGAGUGGCCCAGGAACCAUCUCCCCAGGCGGCUCUGGAGCUCCAGGGCGGCACCAGCAGCCUCGACGAGCAGGCCCAGCAGCUGGAUGCGGAAAUCAACGAGCUGAUCCAGCAGUGGGAGCUCAGGCCUGAGGAUGAGGAGUGGAAGGACAUGGCCUCUUCCAUGCUGCUGAAGAGUAAAUGGUGCCGGGGUGACCCCGUGGACCUGGACUACGAGUUCAUCCGGGAGGACCCUGCCUACGACGCAGACAGGGUGGAGAGCGAGGCUCGGGAAGCAGAUGAUGAAGAGGGCCAGGCCGGCAGCCCAGCAGUGCCACCUUCCUCACCCUCCUCCCCUGCCCAGUCCUCGGAGGCUGCCCCGGACAGCCAGGGGGGCUAUUCCCUGAGACCCAGGGGCCCUGUGGAGAAGCGUUCAGCAGAGGAGGAGGAGGGAGACUCUUCUGGUGGCUCCAUGGAGGAGAGCUCAGCCGAAGAGGAGGAGGAGGAAGAGGCUGAGCCCUCUCCCCAGCGGCAGAGGAAGCGGGGUCCCCAGGGAGGGACGGCUCCACGUGUCUACCCGUGCCCCACCUGUGGCCAGAAGUUCGCCAACAGCAGCAACAUGCGGAAGCACCUGCGGAUCCACACGCGGGAGGCACUGUACUCGUGCCACGCCUGCGGCAAGUCCUUCACUGACUCCUCCAACCUUACCAAGCACCAGCGCGUGCACAGCGGGGGCCGGGAACGCCCCUUCAGCUGCUCCAAGUGCCCCAAGGUGUUCGCCUCGGCCCCCGAUCUGCAGGAGCACCUGCGGCGCCACGAGGGCAUCCGGCCCUUCCCCUGCAUGGACUGCAAGCGCAGCUUUGUGUCGCAGGCAGAGCUGCUGGCGCACAUCCGCAGCCACGUGGGGCAGCUCCGGGCCUCGGCCCCCAAGCCCUUGCUGCGCUGCGAGGACUGCGACAAGAGCUUCGCCAGCCCCAUGCUGCUGCGUCUGCACCAGCGCCGCCACAAGGCCUUUGUGUGCGACAAAUGCGGCGCCGUCUUCACCCUCGAGUUCAAGCUGCUCUUCCACAAGAGUCUGCACAAGGGGCUGCAGACCUGCGCGCGCUGUGGGGUGCAGUACACGGGAGGGCACUUCUGCCGGGCCCAGUCCCAGUCCCGUGCCUCCCAGCCGGGACACAACAGUGCCAGGACUCCGGAGACAGCGUCACUCGUGGUCAGAGUCCCUGACUCUGUGCCGGCAGCAGGCUCCACCCCGGCCAGGCCCCCAGCCCCAUUAGCAGACGGGCCCUCAGGCUCUGCCCCGGCCGAGCCCACAGCCCCAUUAGCAGCCGGGCCCCCAGGCUCCGCCCCAGUCCCACUACCAGCCGGGCCCCCAGGCUCCACCCCGCGCCUGGGGCCCCAGCCCGAGCAGCAGUGA